GCGGCCACCAGUCAGCAUAGAGAAUUCUUGCAGGAAACAUCUAAACAGUGUUGCCGGGUCUUCGUCGUUGUACACCACGAUCUUCUGUCAGUCACAAACGGUAUCCGUACACGUGCUCAACAGUUUUUAUUUGAAAUAUUGAACGGGUGCGUUUCUCUAUAAUUUGUUUUUGUGUUGUUAUAUACAAUGUGUUUUGGUUAACACUGGCUUUAGUGGUGGUUUUACAUUUGUGGAUUAUUUAUUUAUUAAACAACUGUAGGCAUGAGCGAGUACGAACGUAUAAAAAGAGCAUGUUUAAAACGAGGAGAGUUAUGGGAGGAUCCAGAUUUUCCAGCCACACAAUCUUCAGUUUUUUAUCACCAAACGCCACCGUUUCAGUUUACAUGGAAAAGACCUAAGGAUUUAUGUGCCAGACCUGGUUUUAUUCAAGAUGGUCCCACCCAAUUCGACAUUUCUCCAGGAAAAAUGGGUGAUAGAUGGCUAGUCUCGUGCCUAGGAGUACUUUACCUCAACAAAGGACUAUUUUAUAGGGUAGUUCCUGCAGACCAGUCAUUUCAAGGAGAACAAUAUGCGGGAGUUUUUAGGUUUAGGUUGUGGUGGUGUGGGGAGUGGACUGAAGUUCUUGUUGACGACAGAUUGCCAACUGUACAUGGCAGAUUAGCAUUUUUACAGUCACAAAAUAGCGAUUACUAUUGGCCUGGAUUGUUGGAAAAAGCAUAUGCAAAGUUGCAUGGUUCAUACGAGGCUCUAAAAUAUGGCUCAAUGCUGGACGGUCUAGCGGAUCUCACUGGGGGAAUCACAGAAAGCAUCCCCAUAAGACAAGACGCCACCUCUUGCGCCAGGCUCUUACACAAACUACUUGAUAUGACGUCAAUCAUCACCUGUGCAGUACAAUCGCCCAAUCAAGUGCGAUCCAAUACAGAAAAACUGCCAAAUGGGGUACAAAUUGGGACAAACUACAGGAUAUAUUCUGUCGAACGGGUCGAUACUUUUAAUGGCGAGGCGUUGCAAUUGAUUAAAAUUAAAAAUCCCCUGGGGCCGUCAACUGAAUACGUCGGGUCUUGGGCUAUAGAUUCUGCAGAGUGGUCUGAUUUGAGCCCACAGGAAGUCGAUAGGGUCCAAGGAAAGCUUACCGAAGGAGAAUUCUGGAUGUCGUAUUCAGAUUUUAUUAAGACAUUCACGCAUUUGGGUGUGGUACAUUUAGAUAGUGAUACAAGUAGAGAUGAACCUAGUCUACAUAACAAAAAUACAUGGCAGAUGAGACUAUAUCAAGGAAACUGGCUAAAAGGAGUUUCUGCAGGUGGUUGUCGAAAUAAUCCAGAAACAUUUCAUAUAAAUCCUCAACUACAUUUGCUUUUGGGCGAGUUAGAAGAAGUGGUUGUUUCUCUAAAUCAACACAGUAUAAUGGAACCAAAAGUGAUAGGUUUUUCUGCGUAUUCUUUACCUAAAAGCAGUACUGAAACGAUAGGAAAAACUUUUUUUAAGAAAAACAAGUCUUUAUUAAACUCACAGUACUCAAAUAGUCGACAAGUUAGUCAUAGAUGUCAACUAGAACAAGGUGGCUACCUCAUUCUUCCAACAACUUUUGAGCCAGGUCAAGAAUCAGGUUUUACGCUUAGAGUUUAUUCCAGUAAACCUUUAAAACUUAAACUUCUGGAUACAGUACCAUCUUUGGUAAAAUCUGCUAUAAUAAAAGCACCUCCGUUAUUGGAUGGAAAAAGCUUUAGUCAAUAUGAAGCCGUUUUUCUUCAGUUAGCCGACGAACACAGAACUGUUAACUCCUUCGAGUUACAAGAAUUAUUGGAUGCUUGUUUGCCAAAUGAUUAUAUCAAGAGUUGUGCUUCUAUUGAAGUAUGUCGACAGGUUGUUAUUACAUUUGAUUCGUCUGGAAUCGGAAGACUAAAAUUCAGUGAUUUCAAAGACCUGAUGUGUAGUCUAAAGUUUUGGCAGACGGCAUUCAAAAAUCACACAAAGGAAAAAACUGGUAUUUUAAAGGCUGAAAGAUUGCGUGACGCUGUAUUGGAAGUUGGUUUCCAAAUAAGCAGCGACGUUUUGGCCACGUUAAUUUUACGUUAUAUGAGAAAAGAUGGUACCCUGAGAUUUGGAGACUUUGUAUCUGCCAUAUUACAUUUAACUGUUGCUUUUAAUAUCUUUGAAUCCAGGGAUCCUCUACAAAAUGGAAACAUUAAAUUAAACCUAGCAGAGUGGCUCAAAUCUUCAUUGACCUGCUAGAUUAUAUAGUUAAUAGUUAAUUGUCCAUUGUAUAUAUUAUUAAUGUAUAUUUUAUUAAUAAGUUUUUUUAUAUAAUUGUUAAGCUGU